AUGAGUUCUAAAACGAUAAGGAAAGCAGCAGUUAUAGCAGGAAAACAAUUGGAAGAACAAAUUUCCCGAUUGAACUGUGGGAGCCAUAAGAAUUAUUGGAAAAUUAGAAGUAGCUUAGCUGCAGAUGGAUCAGUCGAAAACCGGCUUGAAGUAGACUAUAAGUUCAAGUCGUUUGCUAAAACAUGGAGUUUCUUGAAUCUGAUUGCAUACCACGCGGAUAAUGUGAAACAUCAUCCUUCGAUAGAUACAACAUACAACAAAGUGAAUAUUAAGUUAACUACUCAUGAUGCAGGGAACAGAGUGACUUACAACGAUUUGAAAUUUGCACAAUUUGUAAGAGAUGAAUUCGAACGAGAGAGACCACAGAAUGUGUUAAAGAUGGAAGAACUAAUCAAGGAUGCUAGAGGACAAUUUUCUUUUUCACAGGCAUCUCAAAUUAUUGACGACUUAGUAGCAUCGGACAAGUCUUCCAACUUAGAAAAGGCCUCGAAACAUUCAGAUCCUUCGAAAAACAGUAAUGGAAAAUAG